AACGUCGUCUUAAUGUCAUUUACAAUUCUGUAAACUCACUAGGUCGCAUUAAUUACAACUUAUUUUUUGCUUCUUCUAUCUUUAAAUAAAUAAGGAAAUAUCAAGAAAUGGCUUCUGUACUCGUACCUGAAGUUCCUACACCUGGUUUUUCGUUUGAUAAUUGUCAAAGAAAUGCUUUUCUUGCGAACAAAGGAUUUCCUGCUCCAAAAGCAACUAAGACCGGUACAACUAUUGUGGGUAUUAUAUACGCAGAUGGAGUUAUUCUAGGCGCAGACACGAGAGCUACCGAAAAUACAGUAGUUUCUGAUAAAAACUGUGAAAAAAUUCAUUAUUUGGCUGGAAAUAUGUAUUGUUGUGGAGCGGGUACUGCUGCUGAUACCGAAAUGACUACUCAGACUGUAGCAUCUCAGCUGGAGUUGCAACGCCUUCAUACAGGACGAACAGUGCCCGUCGAAACCGCCGCUACACUCUUAAAGAGAAUGUUGUUCCGUUAUCAAGGUCAUAUUGGUGCUGCUCUUGUAUUAGGUGGGGUUGAUCGUACAGGACCACAUAUUUAUUGUAUUUAUCCCCAUGGGUCUGUAGAUAAGCUGCCUUACGCUACUAUGGGUUCUGGAUCUUUAGCGGCAAUGGCAGUGUUUGAGUCCAACUGGAAGCCAAAUAUGAGUGAAGAGGAAGGUAAAAAGCUGGUUAGAGAUGCAAUAGCUGCUGGUAUCUUCAAUGAUCUCGGUUCAGGUUCUAAUGUUGAUUUGUGUGUCAUUCGUAACAAUGGACCCGCUCAGUAUUUGAGAACUUAUGAGGAGGCUAAUGUUAAGGGCAAGAAACAAGGGUCAUAUAGAUAUGCACCUGGUACUACUGCAGUACUGAAGCAGCGUGUCAUUCCACUCGAAGUCGAGUCUGUCUCCGUUCAUCCAGUACAACCAAUGGAAGUAGAACCUUCUCCCAGUCAUCGUUAAUCUCUUUAUAUCAUUUGUACUAAACACAUAAUUUCUCAUUAA